AUGCAUGUAAAAGUCAAUGACCAAACUUGUUCUCGCCGUGAUCGCUGUGAGAGAGCCGAUGAGCCGCAGAGAUUCACCUCCAGAGUGGAUCAGUGUGUGGAGCUCACGGUCCAGCCCAACAACAUCUCCGUCACCAUGGCUGAAGUCCAGCUGGUCCUGCAGGCCCGCAACGUCCCGGAUCUUUCCGCAGGGGUGGACUGUUCCUUCGAGGAUUACACCGAGACCGAAGGAACAAUACACGGAUCGCAGAUCUACUGCCUCUCGCCGUCAGCCAAAGAGCUCGCCCCCAUCACACGCCAGCAGAGAGACACUCAUGUGGUGAAGCUGUAUCUGAAAUCGAGGGAAACGGGGCAGAAAUUUGCUAGUGUGGAUUUCACGUUCUACAACUGCAGCAUCCACAGAUCGUGCUUGUCCUGUGUGAACGGCUCGUUCCCGUGUCACUGGUGUAAAUACAGACACUUGUGCACACAGAACACCAACGACUGCUCCUUCCAGGAGGGACGAGUGAACAUGUCAGAGGACUGUCCUCAGAUUCUGCCGUCGACUCAGAUCUUCAUCCCCGUCGGCGUCCCGAAGCCCAUCACGCUGUCGGCCCGCAACCUUCCACAGCCUCAGUCCGGCCAGAGGAACUACGAGUGCAUCUUCCACAUCCAGGGCGAGACGCAGAGCGUGACGGCGCUGCGCUUCAACAGCUCCAGCAUCCAGUGCCAGAAAAGCACCUAUAACUAUGAAGGAAGUGACAUCAGCGAUCUUCCCGUUGAUCUGUCUGUGGUGUGGAACGGAAACUUCAUCAUUGACAACCCUCACAACAUCCAAGCGCACCUGUAUAAGUGUUAUGCGUUGCGGGAGAGCUGUGGUUUGUGUCUGAAGGCCGACCCCAGCUUCGAGUGCGGCUGGUGUAUUCAGGACAGGAAGUGCUCUCUGCGGCAGGAAUGCGCUCAGCAGGAACACACCUGGAUGCAUGCGACCGCCGGAAACAGCCGCUGCACGCACCCGCGCAUCACCAGGUUGUUUCCUGAGACCGGCCCGCGGCAGGGAGGAACCAGACUGACCAUCAGCGGAGAGAAUCUGGGCCUUCAGUUCAAAGACAUCCAGAACGGAGUGCGGAUCGGGAAAGUGGCCUGUCAGCCCAUCGAGGAGGAAUACAUCAGCGCUGAGCAGAUCGUGUGUCGGCUGGCCGAUGCCACAGGUUACCGUGUGCAGGACGCUCAGGUGGAGGUGUGUGUGCGCGACUGUCUGCCGGAGUACAGGGCCGUGUCUCCCAAAGCCUUCACGUUUGUGUCGCCGUACUUCACUCGUGUGCAGCCGUCAUACGGGCCCAUUUCCGGAGGAACGAGGAUCACUAUUCACGGCAGUCAUCUGAACUCGGGCAGCGCCGUCUCCAUCAAGAUCGGACUCAACACCUGCCGCUUCGAGAGGCGAAGCACCCGUGAGAUCGUGUGUGUGACUCCAGAGGGUUUGGGUUCAGGAGGGACCCCAGUGAUGGUGGACAUAAACGCAGCCGAACUCAGAAACCCGGAGGUCAAGUUCAACUACACAGACGACCCCAGCAUCCUGAAGAUAGAGCCGGACUGGAGCAUCGCCAGUGGUGGAACCCCGUUAACAGUGAUUGGAAGCAACCUCGCCAGCAUCAGAGAGCCGAAGAUGAGAGCCAAAUACAGCAGCGUCACUUCAGUCAACAACUGCACUGUGCUGAAUAACACCGUGAUGGUGUGUCUGGUGCCGUCCGUGGUGGGGUCCGAGAGGGAUUUCUCAGAGGCGGGCAGCGGGCCGGAUGAGAUCGGGUUCAUCAUGGAUAACGUUCAGACGCUGCUGGUGGUGAACGAGACCUUCAGUUUCUAUCCCGACCCUGUGUUUGAACCCUUCAGCCCGUCCAUGCUGGAGCUCAAACCGGGAUCUCCUCUCAUCCUGAAGGGCAAGAAUCUGAUUCCUUCGGCUGCUGGUAACUCCAGGUUAAACUACACCGUUCUGAUCGGUGACAAGCCGUGUGUGUUAACCGUGUCCGAGGCUCAGCUGAUGUGUGAAUCGCCAGACCUCUCCGGACAACAUAAAGUCACUAUCUUGGCCGGAGGUUUCCGAUACUCUCCAGGAACUCUGCAGAUCUACUCCGACAGCCUGCUGACGCUCCCCGCCAUCAUCGGGAUCGGUGGAGGAGGAGGUCUUCUUCUGCUCGUCAUCAUCAUCAUCCUCAUCGCAUACAAGCGUAAAUCCCGUGACGCGGACCGGACGCUCAAACGGCUGCAGCUGCAGAUGCACAAUCUGGAGUCCAGAGUCGCCCUGGAGUGCAAAGAGGCGUUUGCGGAGCUGCAGACUGAUAUCCAUGAGCUGACGCAGGAUCUGGAUGGAGCUGGAAUCCCGUUCCUGGAUUACCGCACUUACGCCAUGAGAGUGCUUUUCCCAGGAAUAGAGGACCAUCCGGUGCUGAAGGAGAUGGAGGUGCCGGCGAAUGUGGAGAAGGCUCUGACUCUGUUCGGCCAGCUCUUGAAUAAGAAGCACUUUCUGCUGACGUUCAUCCGGACGCUAGAGGCCCAGCGCUCGUUCUCCAUGCGCGACCGCGGGAACGUGGCGUCUCUCAUCAUGAGCGCUUUGCAGGGCGAGAUGGAGUACGCCACCGGCGUCCUGAAACAGCUCCUGUCUGACCUCAUCGACAAGAACCUGGAGAGCAAGAACCACCCCAAACUCCUGCUGCGAAGGACUGAGUCUGUGGCUGAGAAGAUGCUAACAAACUGGUUUACUUUCCUCCUCUACAAGUUUCUCAAGGAGUGUGCAGGUGAGCCUCUCUUCAUGCUGUAUUGUGCUAUAAAGCAGCAGAUGGAAAAAGGGCCGAUAGAUGCCAUCACCGGAGAGGCCAGAUACUCGCUCAGCGAGGACAAACUCAUCCGACAACAGAUCGACUACAAAACACUGACGCUACACUGCAUUAACCCAGAGAAUGAGAACGCAGCCGAGGUCACCGUUAAGUGCCUGAACUGCGACACUAUCACACAAGUCAAAGAGAAGCUGCUGGACGCCGUCUUUAAAGGCACUCCGUACUCACAGCGGCCCAAAGUGGGAGACAUGGACCUCGAGUGGCGUCAGGGUCGCAUGGCUCGUAUCAUUCUCCAGGACGAAGACGUCACCACUAAGAUCGACAGCGACUGGAAGCGUCUCAACUCACUGGCGCACUAUCAGGUAACAGACGGGUCAGCGAUCGCAUUGGUUCCCAAGCAGAACUCCGCCUACAACAUCUCCAACUCCUCAACAUUCACCAAAUCCCUCAGCAGAUACGAGAGCAUGCUGAGAACAGCCAGCAGUCCAGACAGCCUUCGCUCGCGGACGCCCAUGAUCACGCCAGACCUGGAGAGCGGCACCAAACUCUGGCACCUGGUGAAGAACCACGACCAUCCGGACCAGAGGGAGGGCGACCGCGGCAGCAAGAUGGUCUCUGAGAUCUACCUGACGCGUCUGCUGGCUACCAAGGGGACACUGCAGAAGUUUGUAGACGACCUGUUUGAGACCAUCUUCAGUACGGCCCACCGGGGCAGCGCGCUUCCUCUGGCCAUCAAAUACAUGUUUGACUUCUUAGACGAGCAGGCCGACAGACACAUGAUAUCAGACCCCGACGUCAGACACACGUGGAAGAGCAACUGCUUGCCGUUGAGGUUCUGGGUGAACGUGAUCAAGAACCCUCAGUUUGUGUUCGACAUUCAUAAGAACAGCAUUACAGACGCGUGUCUGUCCGUCGUGGCUCAGACCUUCAUGGACUCCUGCUCCACGUCAGAACACAAGCUGGGCAAAGACUCGCCCUCCAACAAGCUGCUCUAUGCUAAAGACAUCCCCAACUACAAGAACUGGGUGGAGAGGUAUUACUCUGAUAUCUCGCGGAUGCCUGCGAUCAGUGAUCAGGACAUGAGCGCGUAUCUGGCCGAACAGUCGCGUCUGCAUUUAAAUCAGUUCAACAGUAUGAGUGCGCUGCACGAAAUCUUCUCCUACAUCACCAAAUACAAGGACGAGAUCCUGUCGGCGCUGGAGAGGGAUGAACAGUCGCGCCGCCAGAGACUGAGGGUUAAACUGGAGCAGGUGAUCGACACGAUGGCUCUGUCCAGCUGAUCCGGACUGGAAACCUCCGUGUGUGUUUAUACACCAGGACAAAGCCACAACGCUGAAUGUAGGUGGUGUAGAUUUUGCGUUGUUGGACAAAGACGCUCUUUCCUGUUUUGAAGAGACAAUGAGGACGUUUGGGACCUCUGAUGAAGUCAUGUGACCGGAUCAAAGGACACGUGUGCGUGUUUACUAUGUUUUAUUACUUUGUACAAAUGUUCUCGACUCUCCGCUCUCUUUGCCACUUGUGUUUCUGCUGAAUUUGCACAGUUUACAGAAUCAACGAGCAACUGGCUCCAUCUCAUGAACACGACGUCUCGUUUCGGGUCAGGAAACGCAACGACGCGUCUGUUUUAACCUUUAUGUACAGUAGUGUUGACGAAGGUGAAUUUGACAUUACACAAAUGACAAAAAGAAGGAAAAAAUAACAAAAAAUAUGAAUAAAAAUCUUGUCCUGUGCCAUGUUUUAUUUGAAUGUUGUUUAAUGCUA